AUGUGCUCCGACGGAGCGUCGUUGGCGGCCGCGAACGGCCGCGGUAACAGGAAUGCUGUUUUUGAAGAGGAUUAUCAGGUGAUUUUGCCGCACUUGCCUACCGGUCGAAUCGUCCUUAAUACUGUUUUUUUACACGCGGACGUCCGUGGAAGACCGUACAAGGUUGAGGAUUUCCGUGACGCUCUGGUUCGUCUGGAACUGCUCCCCGAAGUAGUUGCUUUGGGGGCGUAUCAGAUGAAUCACGUGUGGGCGGUCAUGAUGAAGACGACUGAAGCCACAAAGAAACUGCCUGCUAUCCGAAGCAUCAUUGUCAUAGAACGCCGUUGUAUUGUCGUUGACCCCACCAAUCAAGGCGUGCGCUUGAAGUUACACUGGAUGCUGCCAAACGUGUCAGAUGAAGACAUCAGACAAGCUCUUGCCCCAUACGGAACGGUUACGGACGCGGCGAAAGAACGGUGGCGUGUUCAAGGGAUUUUGGACAAGGGCUCAACGACGCGGUCGGUGACCCUGCAGCUUAAGGCAGGUACUACAGUCGACGAUAUUCCGCACCAGCUACGCAUAGCAGGGGAGCUCGUCCUUGCCGUCAUUCCUGGCCGCGCCCCUCUUUGCCUGCGGUGCCAUACAACCGGUCAUAUUCGCCGGGACUGUCGAGUUCCACGCUGCGAGGUCUGCCGCCGCUUCGGCCAUGAACGAUCUCAGUGCGUCAAGACAUACGCCGUCGUCGCAGGACCAACGAGAAGAGAAGAAGAAGUAUCUGAACACCUCAUGGAUGAGGCUGAAGUUGAAGAUAUUUCUCCGGUUAAGAGCGACAAGGUUGGCAACGCGGUCACACAGAAGCAGUCUCUUCACCCCAAAAACGUGUGCCCCGACAAGAAAACCAACGACGAUGCCGAUACUCGGAAAGAGACUGAAAACGGGGCGCCUCAAAACCAGAGUUCCGCGACAGAACAGAGUGAUGUCCCCUCGAAGUCCUCGCCUGCCACUACGUGCGCGGAGGCGUCUGCUACGACUGACGUCGACAUGUCAGCAGCCACUAGCAUGCCUGCGAAGCGGGCUCACGAGGAAACGAUCGGCGUAACCGGGACCUCUGGAGCAACGACAUGCAGCGAACCACCUACAAAGGCGGCUCAGCUGCGACGUACGCCUUUCAAGCCGAGGCCCAACGUCCAGGUCGAGCGGAGACCCGAGACGGGGCCGCCCCCGUAG